UGCUGACAGUUUACUAAGUACAAGAUAAGAAAUCAGAUAAGAAAUUAAUUCUUUCAAAACAGUUGGUCACUGGAUUAUAUUCACUCCUUUGUAGCCAACAGGUACAUAGAUCUUGCUUGGUUGAAACUUGGGUUUCAAAUUAUUGGUGAGGACAUAGCCAUGGUGGCCAGUCUUCUAAGUUUUCUGGUGGUACUGCUCUACCAUGUUAAUGCUGCAUACUAUCAAUAUGAAACCGAGCCUUCUUACUGGCACAAUUUGGCCUUCGAUGAACUGACUGCUGCGCCCAAGGAGCUCCCAAAAGGUGUAGCAAAGAACGUCAUUUUCUUUCUUGGUGAUGGUAUGGGCAUUCCCACGGUGACGGCUGCUAGAAUCUUGGCUGGCCAGAUGGCGGGAAACAGCGGUGAAGAGAAUAAGCUGAGUUUUGACAAGUUCCCAUACACUGGUCUCUCAAGGACAUACAAUGUAGACAGACAAACCACCGACUCCGCGGCCUCCGGGACGGCGUAUCUGACGGGUGUAAAGACCAACCAGGGUCUGCUAGGUCUAAGCGGCAAGGCACAGAGACUUAACUGCUCCUCCACACAGGACGCACAUGUGGACUCCAUUCUCAGAUGGUCAAUCAGCGCAGGUAAAUCAACAGGUGUGCUCACUACGACCAGAAUUACUCACGCUACUCCAGGAGCAUCCUACUCUCACUCAGCUGACAGAGACUGGGAGGGGGACAGGAAUAUUCCAGCUGCUCAAAAACAUUGUGAAGAUAUCGCCCUUCAGUUGAUUACAAGGAAUAAUGACAUUAAUGUUAUCAUGGGUGGAGGGAGAGCUUAUUUCUUACCUACAGGCUUCAAUGACCCUGACCCUGAUCCUACCUUCAAUGCUGCCAGGUACAACAGAGCGGAUGGUAGAAACUUAGUACAGGAAUGGGAAGCCAUCAUGACCCAAAGGAACGCCAGCUACCAAUACGUCUAUAAUAAACCUGGAUUGGACAGAGUUGACCCACUGACCACAGAUUAUCUGUUAGGCUUAUUCACUCAGAGCCACAUGAACUAUGAGCUUGACAGGAACCCUGCCAAAGAACCUUCAUUGGCUGAGAUGACAGAGAAAGCCAUUAAAAUUCUGGAGAAGAACUCAAAGGGAUAUUUCCUAUUUAUUGAAGGUGGCAAAAUUGACCACGGCCACCACGAAUCUAGGCCAGCACAUGCACUCCACGAGACUGUAGCCUUUGCAGAUGCCAUAGACGUGGCCAACAGACUGACCAACAAAAGUGAGACCUUGAUCGUAGUGACCGCUGACCACUCCCACGUCAUGAGUUUGGCUGGUUAUGCAUCCAGAGGCAACCCCAUCCUAGGUUUAAGCGAUGAAGAUAAUCACCAACCAACAAAGGCAAAUGACGGCAAACCCUACACCACUAUAUUGUAUGCUGACGGCCCUGGUUUCCACUCGCCUAGACAGAUCGUCACAGGCAUUGAUACAGCGGAUAAAGCUUACAUCAGUCAGUCCGCAGUGCCGCUUUACUCCGAGACCCACGGAGGGGAGGAUGUUGGAAUCUAUGCACAAGGGCCACAGUCUUUCCUCUACUCAGGAGUGCACGAGCAGAACUACAUCCCCAUUGUCAUGGCCUACGCCUCAUGUGUUGGCCCAUUCGCUGAAGGCUUGAAACAGUGUGCCAAAUAUGAGAAAUGAAGUGAUGUUUCAUCUAUCGUUGUGACGUAACAGAAAUCCAUUAAUGUCUUAGCUAUUGUAAGAAUAAUGAGAUAGAAAUGCAAAGGAGUUAAAACCAAUAUUUUUACUAA